AUGGCUGAAAGGCGGGCCCAGGACGCAUCGCAAGGGUGGAACUUGCUGCAGCACCUUGGUGGCAAUGGGCCUUGGAUCGAGAAGAUCGAUGAUCGCGAGGAGUCGUCUAAUCUCGCACCUCCGGAAGGGUGUUCGAUUGAGCAAGUGCAUUUGAUGUCGCGUCAUGGAGAAAGAUACCCCACAAACUCCGCAGGAAAUCGCCAUCUUGAAUUACUCGACCGUUUCAAAGCACUCCAAGUCCCUCUGAAUGGUCCCCUGGCGUUUCUCAACAAUUGGACCUACUUCACCGACAUCCCGUCUCGAGAUUUUGGUCAACUAACCAGCACCGGCCCAUACGCGGGUACCUUGAACGCAUUCACAACGGGAGCUCGCUUCCGAACACGAUAUAGUCGACUAAUCCCCGAUAACGCGACAACACGGCUAUGGGCCAGCGACUCCCAGCGCGUCAUAGAUACGGCUUAUCAUUUCACCACCGGUCUGUUCGGACUUCACUGGGAACUGAACGGUCGUGCAAAAUUAGAAGUCAUCCCCGAGACAUUCGAGCGCGGUGCCGACACGCUGACCCCAGGUGAUACCUGCCAAAAGUAUAUCGAGGAUCUAAAGUAUGGGCACGACUAUGGAGCGAACAUGCUUGCGCAGUUCCAGGAUAUUUAUAUCCCGCCUAUAACGAAGCGACUGCUCGAGGAUCACCCUGCUCUUGGGGAAAUUGGAAAUACAGAAGUGUACAGCAUGCAGGAGAUGUGUGGAUUUGAAACUAUGAUUCGCGGGUCGAGUCCGUGGUGCGAUGUUUUUACGGAGGACGAUUGGCUGAACUUUGAGUAUUCUCGGGACCUUGUUCACUAUUAUCGAGCUGGGCCAGGGAACUCCUAUGCAGGUGCAAUGGGGUGGCUGUGGCUGAAUGCUACGACUUCUCUGCUUCAGGUCGGCCCGGCCGCUGGGACUUUAUUCUUGAGCUUUGUUCAUGAUGGAGAUAUGGCCCCGUUACUCGCAGCGUUGGGCAUCUUGUCGAACCUGAGUGAAACGAAUCUCCCCCACAACUUCUUCCCAUGGGCGCACGAAUCACCUUCGAACGACUAG